UUGCAGACUUAUCCUGGAGAUCAUUUUAUAUACCCCCCCCUCCCCCCCUGGCCUUCCAGCUUCUCUCUCCAUUUUUUUUCCCUUUUAGAUCUUGUCAUUUUAAGUACUGCUACUUGAUGAAAUUCUUCAAGGUGAUCUAUAGUACUCCAUCUUCAGGGUAACUAUUUGAUCUCUCUCUCUCUCUCUCGCUCUGUGUGCGCGCGCGCGCAUGCUUCCGCCCUCGAGUGAUUUCGGGAGUAAUGGAUAAACGUCCGCGGAAACAAGCAAAGAGUACAAAGAGCUCCACGUCAGAAGAAGUGAGCAGUAUUGAGUGGGAGUUCAUAAAGAUGACUGAACAAGAAGAGGAUCUCAUCUUCCGGAUGUACAAACUUGUUGGGGACAGGUGGGAUUUGAUAGCAGGUCGUGUUCCAGGGCGAAAACCAGAAGAAAUAGAGAGGUUUUGGAUUAUGAGACAUGGUGAGGUAUUUGCCCAGAAAAGAGACGCAGCUGCCAAGAAUUAUUCGUGAUGAUCAUGAUCAUGUUGGGCGCUACCUUAAUUAAUUAAUUGUUAAUUAGUAGAUCGAUCGGAUUUCUGAUCUUCUUGUGUUGGCAUGGAAUAAUUCUUCUUGCAUAUAAAGUUUGUUUUAAUAGAUUCUCUCUUUGAUUGAUA